GACAACGCUGAGGGCAGAGCCAGCGCGGACGCAGCGUUUGCUCCUGGUACUUCAACACGGUGUUGAACGCCGCCGAGCAGCGCUUUAUUAACCGAUGCUUGUGAGGAAGAGUGACCGGUGGGCAUCCGCUUUCGCACCGCAUCUUUUCUUCUUCUGCUGGCAGAUCUGAACAGAGCCGCUGUUGCCAUGACAACAGACGAGGCAGAGAGUCACCAGAAGAAGCCAAGGCAGCAGGAGGAAGCUGGCCAGGACGCCGGGCCACCGUCACCGGAGGAGGAGCAGCUCCGGCCUCGCAACCGCAACUCUGCCGGCCGCGGCCUCUCACGCCUCUUCUCCUCCUUCUUGAAGAGGCGCUCACAGUGUGAGAGCGAGGGGGGAGAGAAGGACGACAAGGAAGACGAGGAAGCUAAAGCCCCCAUUGCUGACCCCGAACCUGAACUGAGGACAGAGGGAGAGGUCGCCCUGGAUCAGCACUCAGUAAGCAGUGCUGAGGCUCAGGCUGUCCAGGUAGAGAAGAAAGAAACUGAGGAGGAGGAGGGUGGAAAGAAGGACGAAGAAGACAACAAGGAGAAAGGAGAGGAGGCUGCCCUGGAGAAGGAGGAUAAGGAGAAGGAGACGGAGGAAGAGAAGGGGUCCGGUCUUGAAGGAGGCAGUAAGGUAGAGAAGGAGGAUAAGACAACCGAGGAGCAGACCAAAGCUCCUAGAGAUCCACGCCGACCCAAGACCAUGCAGAUCAAAGUCACCCUGCUAGACGACACUCUGUAUGAGUGUGAACUGGAUAAACAUGCCACAGGCCAGGAGCUGUUCAUGAAGGUGUGUGACCACCUCAACCUGCUAGAGAAAGACUACUAUGGGCUGUCCAUCUGGGAGACGCCUACCAUGAAGACUUGGAUGGACCUGACCAAGGAGAUCCGCAGGCAGGUACAAGGUACCAACUACAAUUUUACCUUCAAUGUGAAAUUCUAUCCACCGGACCCAGCCCAGCUGUCUGAAGACAUAACAAGGUACUACCUGUGUCUCCAGCUGCGGAUGGACAUCCUGCAGGGCCGACUUCCCUGCUCCUUUGUCACCCUGGCCCUGCUGGGAUCCUACGCCCUGCAGUCGGAGCUGGGCGAGUAUGACCCUGAGGUGCACGGCAAUGAAUACGCUAGGGACAUGAAAAUGGCCCAGGGUCAGACGAAGGAGCUGGAGGACAAAAUGAUGGAGCUGCACCAUACAUACAGGUCAAUGAGUCCGGCCCAGGCAGACCUGAUGUUCCUGGAGAAUGCCAAGAAACUCUCUAUGUACGGAGUGGACCUGCACCAGGUCAAGGAUCUGGACGGUGUUGACAUCAUGCUGGGGGUGUGCUCCAGUGGUCUGAUGGUUUACAAAGACAAACUGAGGAUCAACCGUUUCCCCUGGCCCAAAGUCCUCAAGGUCUCAUACAAACGCAGCAGCUUCUUCAUCAAAAUAAGACCAUCUGAGGUGGAACAGUAUGAGAGUGCAAUUGGCUUCAAACUACCCAAUUACAAGGCGGCCAAGAAGCUCUGGAAAGUGUGUGUGGAACACCACACCUUCUUCAGGCUGACCUCCACUGAGAUGGCCACCACUCCUAGGAAAUUCCUAGCAUUGGGAUCUAAGUUUCGCUACAGUGGUCGGACUCAGGCUCAGACCAGACAGGCAAGCUCUUUGAUUGAUAGACCAGCUCCUCUGUUCCAGCGCUCAUCCAGCAAGAGGAAUUCACGCAGCCUGGAUGGAGCCAUGGCAUCCACUCCCGACAAUAAAUCCACUCGUCCGGUCAGUGCCCCUGUUAUGUCACCGGUGUCUCCUGGGGAGGCAUCCCUAUCACCGCUGCUUCCCGCCCUGCCACGCUCUGACCAUCAUGACGGUUGUACAACUAAAGGUCACAGCUCUGCAGACAGGAAGGCAGAGGUAAAGAAGGAAGGUCAGCCAGCUGAGUACACCAAGAGCCACAGUCCCAGACCAGAGUCCACUCCAGAAAUCAAGAAAAGAGCUAAGAAACUUGAGGGUGAAACUAUUUACAUCAGACAUAGCAAUUUAAUGUUGGAGGAUCUGGAUAAGACCCAGACUGAGAUCAUGCGUCACCACACUAGCAUCAGUGAGAUGAAAAGGAGUUUUAUGGAGUCGGUACCGGAGCCUCGGCCCAGUGAGUGGGACAAGCGUCUUUCCACCAACUCACCUUUCCGCACGGCGAGCAUUAACGGCCAGCUCCAACCAGCGUCUCCUGUGCUAAAGACCCAGACAAUCACCAUCUCAGACGUCACCAACUCCCUGCGAGGAACUGUGACCUAUAAGGACAUCCCCUUAGUUCACACUGAGACCAAGACCAUUACAUACGAGUCAGCACAGGUGUCUCUCCCACAGCCGGUGGACAGCCUGGCAGAGAGGGACUCAGGAGUGCUGCUGAGUGCCCAAACCAUCACCUCUGAGACCAUCAGCACCACCACCACCACCCAGAUCACCAAGACAGUGAAAGGAGGGAUCUCUGAGACUCGCAUUGAGAAGAGAAUCGUCAUAACUGGAGACACUGAAAUUGAUCAUGACAAGGCUCUGGCUCAGGCCAUUAAAGAGGCAAAAGAGCAGCACCCAGAUAUGUCUGUUACCAAAGUGGUUGUGCACCAGGAAACGGAGAUUGCCCCAGAGUAAGACAGACUGAUCCUGUGGAAGACCUCUCAGCUGCCCCCAUUUCUCCCUCCUUACUUGUAUCUCCAUCACACCAUUUUACCUCAGCACCCCCAGCCAUUACACCCAAAUGCACUGCCUUUUCGACGUGAACCACCAGACCACAUCAGAAGGAACAAGCAUCAGCGUUGAACUAAGGACUUUAACCUCUGUGAGUAUGGAGUUCGACCUGCAGGAGACAGAGUCACCAGAAAAUUGCCAAGACCCCUACCAGUGUUCCCCACAUUUCCCUACCUGUUCCACAUAUUGCCAAAAGGUCAAUGGCUGGACUGAUAAAAAAAAAAAAAAAAAAUCUUUUUUAAAGAGAAAAAAAUAAUAAAGUACAGCAUUUGUGGAUUAUUCCUCUCCAAUUUGUCUGGAGAUUUUAAGAAAAUUUUCAAGGGCAUUUGGUAUUUUAAUGUUGAGAUUACUGGUACUUUAUUUUUCUACAGUUUUUCUUACCAUCAGAAUUGGUUAUCAAUAACAUGGAAGUCAAGUGUCUUUAACAAUGUGUUCCGAAAAGCAUUAACAAAGGGAUUGUGGGUGGUUUUUCGUGGGAUUCUACACAUUGGGAGUCAAGGAUCCCUCUCAAAUUUUAGCAUGAGUUUGGUGUCAUUUCUUGUACAGUAAAUGUUUUAUUUUCCCUCUCAAUGUGAAAAAAUAUUUUUUCAAUUCAUGUAUAAAAAGAUUAAUUUUACUAAACCAGGGGGCAAUUACUCUUUUAACCUUAUUUAAAGUUCUGACUAAAUCAUUUGUUGAGUGAUUUUUACAUCUUUUGAUUGUUUUAGUUGUUCUUGUUGUUGUCGUGCUUGUGUCGCU